UUACACCUCUUCGACCUGCAGAACGCAUAUGACAUCAGAUCGUCGGAGAGAGAGAUGGGUUUGGAGUCAGUUAAGAGAUGGUUGGAGAGAGGAGAUGGCGACAGUGAGAAUACUCCAAUUCCUCUGCCUCCCAGACUCAUCGACUCGCUCGUCGCUCAAGGCAUCAAAUUCGAUCUGGUCGAACCUGGUCGAGUUGUCUGCUCCAUGAAAGUCCCUCCUCGUCUGGUGAAUUCUCGUAAUUUACUGCAUGGCGGGGCGACGGCGUCGCUAAUUGAUUUCGUGGGUGCUGCCGUAAUCUUCAGCGCUGGAGCUGUAAACAAUGGUGUUUCUUUAGAGAUUAACGUGUCUUACUUGGAUAAUGCGCUUGCCAACGUGAGUACCUUCUCUGUUUCUUUGUUUCCUUUAAAACUGUUUUACUUGAAUUUAGGUUUUAUAUUGUUUCUUGUUUUUGUUAUGGUAAUUGAAUUUGGUGAACAGUGA